AUGAUCGACUACGAGCUUGACGGCUGGUUCUUCUGCGGGGGCUUGAUCAAGUGUCAAGGUUCCGUCUUUCCCAAGACACUGAUCUGUGCACUUCCGUGCACCGUCCUUGCCAUCCUCCUGGAGGUUUACUGGGACGCCGAGGAAUGGUGCGAGCGGCUUUGGACGGUGUGGUCAGGUUACUCCUUUGUGCUCUCUUUCCUGGUGGUCUUCCGAAACAACCAGGCUUAUUCUCGCUUCUGGGAGGGUGUCACGCUCAUGAACAAGAUGCGAGGAGAGUGGUUCAACGUGUGCACGAGUCUUCUGGCCUUCUGCUCCGCUGAGCCGGAGAAGUUGGAACAGGUGGUGCUGUUCCAGGAGCUCUUGGUUAGGCUGAUGAGCCUCCUGCACUGCUCGGCAUUACAGCUCGUCUGCAAGCUCAAGGACAAGCGGCUGGAGCUGAUCGAUGUCUACGGAGUGGAUGUGUCCAGCUUGCAGCACAUCCGUGAUGCCUCCAACCGUUGCGACGUGCUCUGCCUCUGGCUCACGCGUUUGGUGCUCGAGAAUCACCUGAAGCAGGUCUUGGUGGCCCCGGCGCCCAUUCUCUCAAGAUCCUUCCAGGACUUGGGCAGGGGCAGGGUCAACCUGGCAGAUCUGGUGAAGAUUCGCGACAUCCCUUUCCCUUUCCCGUAUGCACAGCUCAUUGCCAGCAUGUUGGCCGUACACUCGAUCAUCACGAGCAUGAUCACGAGCCAGUUUGUGCAUCCUUGGUACAAUGCCGGCUGCGUCACCUUCAUUACCAUGUCGGGCUUCUGGGCGCUCUUCUACAUCUGUGCGGAGAUCGACCACCCCUUCGGAGAUGAUCCCAAUGACCUCCCACUGACGGACCUACAGCACGACUGGAACGUCCGGCUUCUGGAGUUGCUGGACCCCAAGUCCCAGCGGGUGCCGGCCUUUACGGUCCAUGCGCAUGGCAUGCACGCCGCACGCUUUUCCAUCACCUCCUACCUCGCGAAGUCGCAGAUGGACUUGAAGACGCGUCGGACCACGGCGCGGGACGUCGACUACGCCCGGCACGCCAGCCCGGACAUCUUCGACUCUUUGGACGAUCUCAUCACGCACCACCAGAGCAUGGCCGAGGUCCAGAAGCUCAGACCCACUCCCUCGCAGCAGAGUGUGAUGAAGGCUGAGGCUUCUGGCCCAAACGAGGAAGAGAUGGGGGAAGAGUCGCAGAUUGGGACCAUGAGAGAGUUUCGAGUCACCGAGUGGCCUCUUGGGCUCGCCAUGGAGCGCCUGGAGACCUAUCCCUCACUUUAA